AUGGAAAACAUCAAUCCUCGUUUUUUAUCAAAUCUCAAAGAUGAACCAUCGAACAUUUUACAACCAAUAUCAGGCUAUGAAAACGAACCAUUACUAUCUCUUGAAGAAUCAUGUCAACCACUCUAUCCUCUCAUUAAUAAUCUUGCACAAUACAUUUGGGUAUCCAAACGAAACAGUCAAAAUCCUGAUGAUGGUUUGACAUCCGACGAAUCCGCGUCGAUUCAUUUGUAUACGAUGGAAUGGACCAAUAGCGAAGAAAGUCUCUAUGCGAAAUUGAAUCAUUCAUUGCGCAGUGUGAAUCGUCAGGAAUUGAAACCAUGGUUUCGCUAUUUGAAAUUGUUUUUAACUGCACUUUUUAAAUUACCGGCAUUUGAAGGUGUAGUUUGGCGCGGUGUUCGUGGAGAUUUAUCGAAACAGUAUUCACAUACAACAGAACAAGCAUGGUGGGCAUUGAGUUCCUGUACGUUGUCAUUAAAUAUUCUUGAAUCUCCACUCUAUUUGGGUAAAACAGGAACUCGAACACUUUUUUCCAUUGAAACGCAAACCGGUCGACGAAUUCGUUCACAUUCGUAUUUUAAACAUGAAGAAGAAAUUCUUCUUCUACCUGGAACUUUCUUUCAAGUUCUUUCACAUUUAUCGCCCGCAGACAAUCUUCAUAUCAUACAUUUAAAAGAACAGCAAACACCUUUUCCUUUACUUCAUCCGCCAUAUCCUGGCGCUGAACAACGUAGAAAACAUCGAAAUCAUUCAAUACUAAAACCCACCCGCCGUACAAUCACAUUUGAAGAUUUAGAAGAGCAAAUAUCUGCUACACAUGACCUAGGUGAUAUUCCAAAUGGAUACGGAAAUCUUCGAUGGCAUAAUUCAUCCUACAUGCAUCGAAAUCACGCUCUAUAA